AUGAUCCUUGCCCUCCCCCAUCCGUUCGUCUUCUCCGCACCUAGCCCACCCGCACAUCCCGCAGCCCAACCGCGUCCGCGCCCCUCUAUCUUCUCCCGCGACUAUCUCCGCUCUCGACUCUUCCACCGUCCCAUGGAAGGGUUCUCCCGCUGGAUCUCCCCGGGCUCGAAAAUCUACCGUGGUCUCACCCCUCAAUUCAAGGUCUUCCUCCAGGUUUGGGCGAUGACGCUAGGCGGAUGCAUAUGGCAGGAGAAGCGAGUGACAGAAUACAUUGAUCUGAUGCGGAACCUCAAGCGGGCGGAACGACUUCAAGCGGAGAGGGAGCAAGGUAACCGCCGAUGA